UUGCAUCUUCCGGUCAGAGGCCGGACAUGCACAACUAAUGAUCACUGCCUACCCGACGCCAUUUGCUGGGAUAACCGUUGUUGCCGAAAACUAAGAGUUACCUCCCAUGUUGACUCUCAAAUACAGCGAUCUCCAACGUUCCCGCCAAAUAUCCCCAGACCUGCACCCACGAAUGUUCCUCGUCUACCGGAAUUCAAACCCGAUGGGCGACUGCAUAGACCUGAAGCGGUGUUUCUUCCAAAUGGGAACAACGUUAAUGUAGACGCGCCGGGCAAUGCACACACGUUUUCGUUUAGUAAUGAGUUACCCCAAUUUCCUAAUCCACCAUCAUUGCCUCAACCUGAUAAUAAUCCGGUAAACAAUUUCGAACCACUUCGGCAGCAACCAAUUGAUUUUCCAAACAGACAACAUUUUCCGCCUUUGAGCGGAAACCAUGUACAGGACGCUUGGAAUUUCCAGCCAACGCAGCCUAUCCCGACAUUUCAACCAAUGGCAAACCCGCCUAUAAAUAAUACACCAAUCAGAACGCAGAAUAAUCCUCGGUCUGAACCAGUAAACACGGCUCAAAGCAAGCCAAUCGGAAUUUCGUUUAUGAAUAACCCACCAAUGAUACAACCGGAUAGUCAAACUAGACGUCGUUCAAAUGGUCCGAUUCCGAAAGCAGAUCAGCCAAUAAUAUCACAGCCUUUAAAUAAUAAUCCAAUCACGAAGCCGGAUAUACCAAAGGCAAAACCAGCAUUUCCGAAUCCUCCAGUUGGUGAAAUUCCUGCUGUAAAAAGGCAACCAACGCAGAAUGUCGACAUCCCAAGAACGAAAGGGAAACCCGCCUCGUGCCCCAUCGGAUAUCACGAGAUUCGUGGCUUCACGUGCACCACGUGUCCGGCAAGUGCACGAUGUAUACAAGACACGUGCUGUGAGCUCGAGUCAAUUGCCAUACCAACAAAAACUCCCACCGCGAAAGAAUUUGUCCUGCGCGUUCCUAUUCAACCAACAGCACCAACACUCAACAACAACACACAACACACGGUGUUAGUUGUUAUCCCUAACAAUCAACCACAACCCUCAUUACCCUUAAUCUACCAGCCACUAUUGCAUACACAAUUACCACAACAACCGGUGGCGAAAUCACUUAUUAUCCCUAGCGCUAGACCACCGCAUGUUUUCCACACAUCGGGCCAAACGCCUUUGACAAAUCAAACACACCCAAAAAUUAACCAAAUUUUACCGCCAACACAAAUGCCCGAUGUCUUAACCGCAACGGUCUUUUCACCAUGGAACGUCAGUUCGCCAGUUCAGCAUGUUGAUUCAAACCAAAAUCAAGCAUUCAAUGUCAUUCAUCCUGCAAAUCCCAUCCCCUCAUUAUUUAAACAGCAACCCCCAGUCACCGAUUCACCAAUAAAGGCAUUGCCAUCGACACAAAAUCCUGGCCUUCAACUUGCUUUUAACGCUAACCCAAUUGUUUCGUCUUUUAUUCCCAUAAACGCCAAUCUCACAAACCCGGCUCCUAACAACCCACUGUCCCAAAAUUUAACCUUAUUUCCAACGUCUCGUCCAUUACCUUCAACCACACCUCCCCUAUCGCCUAUUCAGCCUGUGCUACCCACCCUAAUCAAAACUAUCCCGACGUCAUUGCCCCAAACUAUUAACAAUAUACCAAAUCGAUUUCCAAUGCUUCCCCCACUUAUCAAUAAUCCACCUUUGCUCCCCAACUUACCCCCUCUGAUAAACAAUUUACCCGCUUUACCCCCUACUCUUAACAAUCUACCGACAUUGUUACCAACUUUGCCGACCCCUGAAAAUAAUGUGCCACACCAGUUACAAACUGUAGUUCCCCCUAUCAACAAUCUACCAACUGUGCCACCAACAUUACCCUCUCCUGUAAACACAAAUCCGACGCUAAUACCAACAGUAUUAUCUCCUUUUAAUAACGUUCCAACCCAAGCACCAACUUUACCACCCUUUGUAAACAUUAAACCAACACAGCUUAAAUUUUCACCAACUCCUGUACAAAAUCAGUUACCAACUGUAAUGCCUCCAGUCAAUAAAGAGAUUUUUCGACCAUCCAACCUACCGCCUUCGAUUAAUACUUUACCCUUUUCCUCCCCAACACAGCAUAUGCCUGUGCAGAAUUUACCACCCUUUGUCCCCUCUAAAAUGCCACGCAUACUCAACUUACCGAUGCAACCAAUUCCAACAUUCCCUUCUUUAGCCCCUACCUUGACCCCACCAAAACCGAAUCUACCAGUACAAACCCCUAAUGUUCCGCACCAUAAUGUACCAUUCUUACAUAAUGUACCCCCAAUAUCUCCAACUAAUCCUUUUUUGCAGAUACCAAACCAAACUGCCAUUUACUCUCCUCUACAACUAGGUCAGAUGAAUCCGGUUUUAAUACCCUCUGAUGUCAGCAAAAUACCAACACAGCUACCAACUUUAUCCCCUCUAAUCAAUAAUGUUCCUUCUUUGAAACCAAAAUUACAACUACCUGUAAACAGUGUUCCAACACAGUUACCUUCUUUACUAACUCAUGUCAACGAUGUAUCCAUUCAGCCACCGACAUUACCACCUUUGGUUAAUUCGUUCCCUUUACCGUCCCAAAAUUUACCGCUGCCCCUACAAAACGUAUCUCACACUCUCCCCUCUAAACAACCAGACAUACCCAAUUCACAAUUUCAGCCGAGACCAACAGUUGUUCCUUUAUCUUCUAGCUCGUCGCCAAUGUUGAACCAUUAUCAACCGAAUCGACCUCUGAUAGCUCCUAGCAUGCCACAACCUAUACCACAGAAUGUCCCCGUCGAACCAAACUUAUCACCGAUAUCGCAUAACAAGCCUUCGUUGUCCGGUCCCAGCCUAACCGGCAUUCACCCUCCACAGCACCCAGACCCAAUUACACCGGUUUUAUUUCCCAGCGAUCUUUUACAUCCAUCAAACACAGCCAAUCAAAAACCUUCAAAUUUAUCACCUGGUGAGGGUUCCACAUUCAUCCCACCUCCACCCGCAACAGUCCCGGAUCUGAUCCCGCCGAUUCUAAAGGCUUUCCCGUUCUCAUUUACCCUUCCAAAUACGCCAUCAUCCCCCACUAUUUUCCCUCCAAUGUUUCCCACAAACCCGAUCCUAAAUCCCGUCUCCACGCGACCGCCAUUAAUGGAAACGCAACCGCAAGCAAUUAAACAACCGUCCCUUCCUUUAGAACCUAUUUCAAUCGUCAACUUGACAAAAUUACUUCCAGUUAUACCUAAAGAAUUAAGUUUCCUGCCAACAAAUACGAUCAGUACGACACCAAUCCCCAUACCUCUAUCUCUGCCUGAUAUUCCACUACAAACCGUACCUUCCCUACGACCGAUUUAUCCCGACCCAGGUGUCAAUUCUAUCGCUACCUUACCGCCAAUUAUACCGAAUGUACCACUACCCACACCGUCUGAACCCGUGCGACCAGACUUAAAACAAAAUCCAAUGGAACCACUUCCACCAAACAUAAUACAAGACAACAUUACUCAAAGCAAACUUGCUCCACAAAAUCCAACACAAAUCCCGCUAGUACAUAACACGCUAGGUUUCGUCGUUGAGAAAGUUGCUGAUUCCACAACAAUAGGACCAUUACCCUUACCAGGGCAACAACCGCUACCAAAUAUCACACCACCACCACCACAUAUUUUCCCUAAUCUCAUCACACAACCCCCUUUCCCAUCACUGAAUAUUACACAACCAUGGGGACUGCCACAGCAAUCGACAACUGUACACCUUCCUGAACCAACAAAACCGAUUAUUCCCCCGUUUUCGUCCAAGCCGAUAUUCCCCCCUUUUUCUGCAAAACCAAUAAUACCUCCAUACCCUCCAAAGCAGACAACAUCAACAGCCCCAUUACUUCCAACGGUUACCCCACCAUUAUUUUUGCCAGUGAACAACCAAUUAAUUCCCAGAACAACGUCUCCUCCACUUUUGUACCCACCAAUGUUCCCACCGCAUUCGUUCCCACCUACAACGAACACAACUUUCCCUCCAACACUUCCCACUCUGAAUGGUGUAACUGUACCUGCCGCUGGACAUUUCCUUCUUUUACCAACCCCGGCAACACUUACACCACUUUUGCCCCCAACUUUCCCCUCUCUGCCUCCUGCUAACCUCUCCCAACGGCUGCCACCCCACUUCACAUCUGUAAACUCAUUAUUUGACUGGUUAAACGUCACGGUUCCACCUGCCUCGUGGGAUAACCCACUGAAUACACCUCCAACACUUCCCACUCUGAAUGGCGUAACUGUACCUGCCGCUGGAAAUUUCCUUCUUUCACCAACCCCGGCAACACUUACACCACUUUUGCCCCCGACUGUCCCCUCUCAACCUUCUGCUAACCUCUCCCAAGGGCUGCCACCCCCCUUCACACCUGUAAACUGGUUGAACGUCACUGUCCUACCUGCCUCGUGGGAUAACCCACUGAAUACACCUUCCAAUACUACUGUCGCCAACAGUAUGUACCCAAUUCCGACGACGCAGCUAGUACCUCUUAAUGCAAAUCCCGACAUUCAACCAGUAAACGCUGGGCCAUCGCAAAAUAUCCCAAUGGUUCCGCCACUGAUACCCGCACUAACAACAUUGUCACAUUUCAUUAACAACUCACCUUUAACUUUACAACCAACUGUUCCACCCCUCAACGGCGUACCGGUAGUUGCUCAGCAGCCGCACACCGCGUCUCCCCCGCCGAUUUUACCCCCAAGCACACUUCGCCCAUAUCCUGGUACUUUUAAACCCAUAAACGUCACCGUUCCUCCGCAGUAUAUGGCCACAACACCAUACUACUGGUGGGACACCAAUACUACGGUAUCUUACAACGGUUCAUUCGAGUUCGCACCGUUCAACGAUUCUUAUCCGAUAUCUACACCAGAAAACACUACAUUCUAUUGGAAUCAACCUCCAACUUCCGGUAACAAAACGUUCGCAGUGGACGUUCAGCCACUUACACCUCCGAUAGCACCGAAACCCCACAAGUCAUUUGAGCCCAAUGUCCCUAAUAAUGGAAUGAACCCUAAUACUAUGCAAGUUUCCACUACAGUUUUUCCAGACUUCAAUUCAACUUCUAAUCAUUCGUCAUUCACAACACAGUUUUACACAAACUUUACAUCAAACUUCGAUCACUACGCAACGACGACAAUGGCGCCAAUAGUACCUGCAAAGCAACAUCCACUUCUGGUUCCGUCUGGAAGGACAACUCUCCAAGCACCAGUCGUCGAGAGUUGUCCCACUGGGGAAACCACGAUUCCGGGACUUUCAUGCGAUGCUAUGUAUAGCUGUCCAGAAGGCAGCAGGUGCCGCGGAGGAAUAUGCUGUAUUCCGUCAAACAUUGUCCAAGUCCCGGUGUGUCCGAUUGGAUUCAUGAGCCAGAAUGUCUGCCCGCGUCCUCAUCCACCGGAUGAAUGCUCCAUAAACGAGGAUUGUGGAAUGUCAAUGGUCUGCUGUCUAAACGACUGCGGCCGCCGCGUUUGUAAACCGGCAUAUACACCGGAACACAUCAUCCCGAGAAAAUAGUGCGCUGAAAUACCUGAUAUGCUUUGACGUGUGUUAAAUUCCACAAAUGAAUAAGUGAAAAAUCCAUGUGGAAAAAACAUGAUUUGGUUGUUUAUACCGAAUUAUGUUAUAUAUUUUGGUGUAAAUAUAAUGCAUGUUUGCUCAAUUUUAUUUCACCGGACACGUAUAGAUAACGGAAGAUAUGUUAUUUUAGGUGUUUUGGUAUUAAAAUGAAAUAUGUUAAAUAUCCUGAGGCAUGUUUAUUGUCCCAAAUAUUAUAUUUACUGACUGACUUUACCCGGAAAAGUUUGUUCGGAAGGAACAGUUGAUAAAUCGCAAGACUAAUCAAGUUGCAUGUGUAUGACUACAGUAAGGUCUAUUUUUCGGUGUGCUGUUUCGAAGCAGUGCAUUUGAUGGCAUCUGAAAACACGUCAAGCUUAACUGUGUGCCGUUCAAUGGCCAGAAACAUUUUUAAAGGUAGUCCCGAAACUGUAAAAUAUAUCGUUCGACGGUGUAAGACUUACGAUAUACCUGUCGAGGACAGAUGCGAAGUCAACUAGAGCGUAAAGCGUUUAAGUAUACGUUUUGAUCGACGUUUGCACACGAAAGGCGUUAAAACAGUUUGCCAGAUGACAGAAAUAUUGACAAUUUAUGACAGUAUAAAGAAGCGCUCUGUAACUGUUUGUACUGGUUUGAUGAAUUGAAAGCGCAUGUGCACAAUUGAGACUGAAAACGAUGUAUAUGUUUGAUAAAUAUAUGAAAUAUAUUCGUUCUACUACUUUUGCAGGAUUAAAUUUAACUUAAUCUUGCAUAAGAACGGGUACAUAUGAUUUUCACUGUUUCGAAUUUUCGUAAAAUAUUUGAGUAAAUGUGCUUUUUGGGGUGAUUGGUUUGACUCGUUUUCAGUUUAAAGGAGGAUCUCUACGGUAUUUCAACCACAAUACAAACAAUAUUUAAACCAUUUAAAUUCAAUGAACAAUGUUUAAUAAUAAUUACUCAAGUCGCUAUAGGUUAUUCUGCUGGCACUAUAGGGUAUAUUGCGCUACCUUAACUAAAAUAUAAAUGUUUACCACAAUGCUAAACAUGAUACUGAUUAAUGUGUUGGUUCGGGUGCUGUGUCGAUUUAUGGUAUGCUGUUAUUGCAUAUGAAUGUUUAUUGCGAUGAGC